AUGUCCGCCGAAUCCACCGCCCUACGCGCUCAGCUCAAGGCCUUUGAGCGCGAAUUUCGCGCCAAACACCUUCGCGACCCUGCCGUCGACGAUAUCAAGAAGGCUGGUUAUGCUGGGAAAUACAAGCUCUACAAGGCACUGGUGAAAGCAGAUAAAGCCUCCACAUCGGCAUCUCUCCCAUUCCCCUCCUUGUCCAAGCCACCAGCUCGACCCACCACCCCCCCACGAUCGCAACCUCGCCCGACCGCCUCCAUCAUCCCGAAAUCACGCGCUGUCACAACUCGGGUCUCCUCUAGCUCCAAUCCAUUCUCCCCUGUCAAAGAUAGAGGGACGAAGAAGCAAUCGACGCCCCCUACAGAUCGCCUUCCAAAUCCAUUUGCCUCUCCUCUCAAAGCAAAGCCAGCACGACGUUCAUCUCCCCGACCCCUUUCCCCUGAUCCGUUCCCGCCCUUUGAAGAGCGUGAAAAGGCCACCUAUUCUCAGCAUGAACCAGGCCCGAGUAACCCGGUAGCAAGAGCACGGAAGCGUCUCCGCGGAGAGCCUGUUUCCCCAUCUCCCAUGAAAGAGAAGAGGCAGCGCGUCGACUCCUUUCCUGUCCUUCCGUUCCCUAGCUUCACCGCCCUUGCCGCGGCCGAUAGUGAUGACGACGAUCAAUUACUUGUAGAACAAGCCAACUCGUUUUUUGUCGCAGAUUCUCCUGUCAAAGCCGCCCCGAAAGGUAAAACGUUCAAACUCCUUUUCGAGGAGGAAGUGCCUCUGCGCUCAAGUUCUCGGCCAAAUGCGAAUGCCGGACUUGCUCGAUCGAGGACCGCUGCAGCCAAUGAUGAACUGUUUAGGUCAAACUCACAACGUGCUGGGAGCAUGUCCAAAUCUUCAGAUGAUGCCGCGUCCGAUGACCAUCAUCGAUUGCCGGAGAUGAAGCCUGUGGGUAAAGGCAAGAAUAAUGACAGCGCACAGAGAUCGAAAGCCAAAAAAGAGAGACGGCUACACGUCAACGGUUUCACCUUUGGCAAGGACAAUCUUUUUGCGCCUGCUGAUCUACCGGAGGAGCCUUCUACUACUUCUAAGCCGGGUCUGCCCUCGCAUCAAGAGUUUGGAACGAGAGCUCUCGGCAAGGCGUCGAUGAAACGGCCGCUUGUGCAAGCCGAAGACGAAGCUGUGUCCACGUCCGAACUUCCUCUCCUACCACCAUCUCCGCCUCCCGCGAGUGGAAGCUCAAAAUAUAAAGUCAAAUCGAAAGCCGCCGGACGGAAGAAGCUCAAAAUGGUCACAGAGACGCAAGAUGACGAGGAUAACAGCUCGGAGGAUGUUAGCGUCAAAGUACGCGACUGGAGUAGGCGGAGGCAUGUCGAAGUGAACGAUUUGGAUCCUGAUCUCAUGUUGCGUCUACGCGCUGAUGGCGCAUUGCGCGAGGUCCCAACGCUGGGUCCGGCUAGCGAUGAUGAUCCUGGUGGAUUCGAAGUCCACCUCCCAGAUCACCUCCGGCGCAUGCUGGCCAUCUCGCCUUCUAAAGCGCGCGAUCCCAACGAAGAAGGAGUUGUUCGUGAGCUGCUGUAUGGCCAACGUACGACUCACUAUGACGGCGCAAGAGGCGGCGAUAUAUGGGAAGUAGGGGAGCUUGGCCAUGGAACGGAAGGUGAAGAGGACUGGGAGGGUGAGCCGGUACCAUGGGAGACGGGCGAGCUUUGA